AUACUAGAAAAUGGCUGCUAUCGGAAUGUUUGCUUGCAGCCUAUUUUUCAGACGAGCCGAAAUGUGUACAGACGAUCGUCCGGUGCGACUCUGUUUAGAACCAGCCCGCCUAGACACCAUGGCAACUGACGUCACACUUUGAGAUUUUAUAACGGAUUAACCACCUUCACCAUGAUGACCAUCGCAGACUUUGACAGAAGAAGUAGAUGAGUGCACAAGAUCACUGAAGUGGGCAAUUCGUUAGAUAAACUCUCCUUUGAAUCCCUUGUUGUUCGGACAGUAGGUGACACCGAUGGCGAAGGUCCGUGUUAUCUUCUACCUCACGGUGGGAAUCUUGUGCGGUUUCGUGAAGUCUGCUUACGUCCCAGAAAAAGCGAUUACCAAUGACGAUGUCCACCAUGAUCCUAUCAUCAGGUCCAAAAAGGAAGGAGCAACCAUCGUUGGAAAGGGGGAAGGUUUACCAAUCCAUUCAAAGUCGACGUCAUACUUUCUUGUAUCUAUCGAUUCUAAUGAAGCGAUACACGUUGUUGAUCGUCGAUUUCUUUCUGUUGGUCUCAGCGCGAAAGCAGUGGCUGUGAGAAGCAUGAAUGCAUCUCGGGGAUACGAUCCAAACUCGGUCAUCCUCCAAACAUUGUUACGUGGCCUUGCUCCUUCUAUUUUACGUGUCGGAGGAAGGGCGGGAGACGAGGUAAUAUUUGCUCUGAAUGGUUCUUCCAAUUCCAUUCCUCAUCCCUGGAUAAAUAUAAAUCAUUUUCUGACAGGUGAACAUUGGAAGAGUCUUAAUGAAUUUUGCUUAAAAAGUGGGGCGGAUCUUGCAUUUACUUUGAACGUGGCUUUGAGGAAAGGCGGUGCAUGGGACCCGACUAACGCUAAGGAACUCCUAGACUUCAAUGCGAACCUUGGAUAUCGUGUCAUCUGGGAAUUGGGAAACGAACCGGCCCUGUUCAAGAAAAACUACCACCUCAGGAUACCAGCUCGACAGUUAGCCAAGGACUUCAACACGCUAAGGAAUAUCUUAUCAAAGGACCGGUACCGGUUUAGCAACGAGUUAGUGGGACCGGAUAUGGACCACCUUCCCAUCGCACAUUGCGGCAAUACAAAGACAGUCACAUCAGAAGACUUUCAAAACAAUACAGACUAUUUGAGAAGGUUCUUAAAGGAUGCUGGAGAUGCCAUCAAUGCAACUACAGUUCACUUCUACAACCUAAACAGAAAAUCAGAAACAUUAUCCGUCGACAAUUUCACCAACCCAGACACGGUCAAUUUGAUGAGAUGCGAGCUCAAGGAAUUCCGAAAACUCAUGAAAGAUGUCAAACCGACAGGCGCGAGAUGGUUAGGCGAGACCUCCUCCGUGGCUGCCGGUGGCCUGAGAGGAGUAUCAAAUCGAUAUGUAGCUGGAUUUAUUAUACUUCACAACUUGGGAGUUGCGGCCGAGAUGGGGAUAUCUGUAUUCAUAUACUGGGACCUGACCAAUGGACCUUAUUCAUUGCUCGAUGUUGAUGAUUAUACACCGACACCGCUGUAUUGGAUAUGUUUUCUGCAUAAGCGGCUUACUGGUACUCAUGUUUUAUCUGUAUCGUACACCGAAGACGAAAAAGUUACACAGACAGUGAAAAGUGCCUCUUAUGUCCACGUUUUUGCUCAUUGUACCAAAGUUUCUCUGUUGUAUCCUGUCGGUGCUGUUACGAUCAUAGCAAUUAACCUGCACAACGAUACUGAUGCAUCUUUAUUCUUAACUGAGAAUUUGAUGAAUAAGAAUAUAGACGAGUAUCUAUUGACUGCACCAGAAGGAAACCUUACCAGCAGUAAUAUACUUCUCAACGGCUACAAGUUGGAAAUGAAGAAUUCAACCCAUUUUCCAGAUAUCAACCCACGCCCUCUGCCGAUAGGAUAUCCGAUAGUUCUUCCUCCACGGACGUAUGGGUUCUACGUCAUUAAAGACGCUGAUGCUCUAGUUUGUCGGAAACAUGAGACCAAAUACUGAUGGUUGAUACCAAAUGGACUAUAAAUGUUCCUUUUAGUCAACAUUUUUAAAUAUCAUAAUUGAACUUUUGCAAAAAAGGAAGUUGCAGAGAAUUCCUAGUCCCUUUUUUUUUUUGGGGGGGGGGAUUCACCGAAAUGCAUUAACGGUUAAAGGUCCUUAUCAUUGCCAUUAACAUGUCAACGAAUGCAAACUACGUGUCGUCAUGCGACUUACCAAAUUGGUGAAACCGGCUAAAAUACCGAAAAUAUCGGCACGGAAUUCAGCCAGUCGCAGUGUGAAGAACACAGCAAUGAGUUCUGGGAAGUUCCAUAAAAAAAACUCAAACUUCUAUACGCCCAACCCAUAGUUUCCUCCAUUUAGACCUCACUUCAAGCACUGUUCAAGCAAUGAUAAUUUAAGAGCAUUUUCAAUAUUUGCAGGGACUAGAAUAACGAAACAAAUAAUUCCAGUCCCAUAUACAGCAGGUGGGACGUAUAUGAUUUAUAAGAAUUGUCCUUGUUUGCAUCGUUUCAUUUCCAAGUUAACAUCUUGCCCUCUAAAAACACUCAGUAAAAUUGUACCUAAUAUUGGGUAGAAAGGGAACAUGCAUGUUUGCUGGAUAUUUUUGUUUGACCCCAUAUUGGGCUAAAUGCAUGUUUUAAUGGUAAAUUUCAACGCAACAUUGCGUACAAUUUACGAAAUAUUUGGUAUCUUUUUACCCAACCAACAUGCGUGUUCCCAUUUUCUCCAAUAUUGGGUAAACCUUUUUUAGAGUGUGUAGAUAGUUUAGAUAAAUAAUAAAUCCAGAUUUGCUGUAAAUAUACCAAGCCGUUGUAAUUAAAAACUAAAACUGUUAUCCAAUUCCCUGAUAUAUCAUAUAAACUAUUGUGUCACUCUGUAGCGCUUCACAGCACAGUAACGAUCUACACGAUCAAUAACUCACUCUUCAUAUCUAUGUUUUAGUAAACAUUUGUUCAUAAUCACAAAGAUAUUACCGUACAUGUCGAUGACUUAAAAUAUCUGGAAACUGAGGUUUGUCUUCAAGCUACAAAGAAAUAUGCUUCCUGGCGUUUUUAGUAUUUAUAUAUAUUGUACAUUACAGUUCUAUUUACAUUUUAAUGUAUCUUUAAUUCAGUCUUUGUUUUGUAUGUUUGUGAAGAUAAUGUCUAGCAUUCCAAAAUUGUUAUUUUCAAGAUCCUUCCUCUAAAGAUAUAUGACCUGUUUAUUUCUUUUUAAAUUGUUCUUUAGGCCUGAUGUUGCCAUCAUAAAAUGAUGAAAGUGGCACAUGACUGCCACGUAAUAAACCAUAAUUAAAUUAAAAGUACAAGGUUUUACAUCAAGCUAAUGAAAUGUAUAUUAACACUACUUUUUAAUAUGUCCAUGUUGGGAGCUAAAGGGAAUGUAUUGGCGGGAAGUGAAUUCCACAGCCGAGCCGUCCUUGGUAUAUAUGAUUGAUGAAGAGAAGUGUUUGAUUUUGGGACAGUGACUCUGUAGGGGUGGGCAGCUGCAGUAGAGUGCGUCAAACGAACGGGGGGAAGAUUUCCAGACAACUCAAGAGAUGGUUUCAGGAAGAAGUGACAGUAGAAGGUACAGAGAGAUGCAGCAUAGUCUCCGGGGCUCGAGUGGAUAAAGCCCAACCUUGGAAGGGUCUUCAAUUCUCAGGAGGCGGAGUGCUUUCCGAUGUAACCUACCAAUAAGUGUAAGUACACUCGUACCAGCUCCAGCCCAAAUCGAUGUAUUAAUCUAUUUUUAUCUUGAAGUGAAAAUGAACGAGAUGACAUGAAAUUAAAUUAAAAUAAUCAAAGGGGAAGCAAACCGA